GGGUUAUUCCGUACUAGCAUUUCAGGCAGUCCGGAGCUGCGUCAGUAGGUAUCCACUUUAUCACCUAAUCGCAAGGCUGGAGCUGCGGUAGGAAACAGCGGGCGAGUUGCUGAGCUCGGUUUGUACAAUACGUACCCUUUCAAUACUUUCAAUAAUUCAUACCUUUUAUUCGAACAACGUCCUUACCACUUCCAUAUCAACUGUUCUAUACCAAUUCGAACCCACAAUCCGAUACUCCAAAGUCCCCGUAUCUUCUCGAGCACACGCCAGUCAAUAUGGCUUCGCAGAGGCCCUCUGUGAAGGAAGCGCAAUCACUUGCUAGCUCCGACCCGCGAAAAGCUGAAGCCAUCUACAAAGAUAUCAUAUCUAAACCUCCUUCUGUUACCUCAGAUGCAGCAAUAAAGGAAUACGAGUCGGCUUUGAUAAGCUUAGGAGAGCUGUAUCGGGAUGAGAAGAAACCUCAGGAACUCGUCGACCUUGUUACCACAAGCAGGACCGUCCUUUCGGGCUUCGCAAAGGCUAAGACGGCCAAGUUGGUCCGUCAGCUGCUCGAUCUCUUCGAAGCCAUCCCGAACACAACCGACAUCCAGAUCGCCGUCACCAAGUCAUGUAUAGAAUGGGCCACCUCCGAGAGGCGGAGCUUCCUGCGCCAGAACCUCGAGACCAGACUCGUUACCCUGUAUAUGGCUAAGCAAUCAUACUACGAUGCCCUUACCCUUAUCAACGGUCUCUUGCGGGAGCUGAAGCGUCUGGACGACAAGUUAGUAUUGGUAGAGGUUCAACUAUUGGAAUCUAGAGUAUACCAUGCCCUCGGAAACAACUCUAAGGCCCGUGCCGCUCUCACCAGCGCGAGGACGAGCGCCGCCUCGGUUUACACGCCUCCCUUACUCCAAGCGAACCUGGACAUGCAGUCGGGUAUGCUGCACACCAUGGACCAGGACUUCAACACAGCCUUCUCCUACUUCAUCGAGGCACUUGACGGCUAUCACACGCAGGACGAGCCAGCCAAGGCCACCGCCGCGCUGCAGUACAUGCUGCUCUGCAAGAUUAUGCUUAACCUCGUCGACGACGUCAACAACCUGAUGGCGUCCAAGCAGGCGCAGAAGUACGCGGGUCAGAACCUCGAGGCCAUGAAGGCUAUCGCGCGCGCGCACUCGAACCGAUCUCUAGAAGAGUACGAGCGUGCCUUGUCCUCGUACCGCUACGAGCUCGGCAGCGACGCCUUCAUCCGCAACCACCUGCGCCGCCUCUACGACGCUAUGCUCGAGCAGAACCUGAUCAAGGUCAUCGAGCCUUUUAGCCGCGUCGAGAUCGCCCACAUCGCCAAGAUGGUCGGCCUCGACACCCAGCAGGUCGAGCGCAAGCUCUCCCAGAUGAUCCUCGACAAGGUGAUCAUCGGCGUGCUUGACCAAGGCGCCGGGUGCUUGAUCAUCUUCGACGAGACGCAGCGUGACGAGUCUUACGAUGCGGCUCUCCAGACCAUCGAAAAGCUGAGCAACGUCGUGGAUGUCCUGUACACGAACCAGGCUUCGAUGCUGGAGUAGAGCUGCGAGGGGAGAAGGUUAGGGUUUACAGAGGUGAACUAGGUAAACAAGAAAAGCUCCUUCGUGCAUCUGACGCCGAAGGAGGUGAAUGAAUGCUCGGCCGGUGUAAUAUUACUAGGUAGAGAAAGUAUCAGGCCAAGGCCCCGGCGUCGAUGAAGACGGCGUCGCGGCUUCUCUGGCACUCGUACAUAUAUCAACAUGAACUUGUGUCAAUCCAAGUGUAUGCCUAUUGUCUGUCCUAUGGCCUGUCUUAUUUUCUUCGUUCCUGGAUGCUGCUAGUAUCUCCAAAGAUAUCUACCUAACCUUAGGUAGGUAACAUUAGUCAACCUUGCCGUUCUAUAAGCGUAUCUACCGGGCGGGUAUGUAGACACACACGUAAGGUAGAUAUCCAAUCACGAGA